CUCAGCACGGGAUCCCAGCUGCUGACUCUCAGCUCUCUCCCCAGAACCACCAACUUCAGACUCUCCUCACACAGCUCUAGAACACUACUCUGCCUUCCCUCUUCUGGAGCCCAAGACCCUCACCAUGCCUACCUCCUUCCCUGAAUCAAUUUCAGAAGACUUUCAGUAUGAUGAGAGUGCAGAAGCCUGUCAUAUAGGAGAUAUCGUGGCCUUUGGAACAACCUUCCUGCCCAUAGCAUACUCCCUUGUCUUUGCCUUUGGCCUGGUGGGAAAUUUGCUGGUGGUGUUUUCCCUCAUCCAUAGUCAGAAAUCCAAGAGUAUCACCGACAUCUAUCUCCUGAACCUGGCCUUGUCCGAUCUGCUUUUUGUAGCCACCUUGCCUUUCUGGAUUCACUAUCAGAUAAGGGAACAAGGCUUUCACAAUGCCACAUGCAAACUCACUACUGCCUUCUUCUUCAUUGGCUUUUUUGGAGGCAUAUUCUUUAUCACCAUCAUCAGCAUCGAUAGGUACCUGGCCAUUGUCCUGGCUGCCAACUCCAUGAACAACCGGACAGUGCAGCACGGUGUCACCAUCAGUCUCGGCGUCUGGGCAGCAGCCAUCUUGGUAGCAGCACCCCAGUUCAUGUUCACAAAGCUUACGGAAAACCAGUGCUUCGGGGACUACCCUGAGGUCCUGCGGGACAUCUGGCCUGUGCUCCGCAACAUGGAAGCAAACAUUCUUGGCUUCCUGCUCCCUUUGCUCAUUAUGAGUUACUGUUACUUCAGAAUCAUGCAGACACUGCUUUCCUGCAAGAACAACAAGAAAGCUAAAGCCAUUAAACUGAUAUUUCUGGUGGUCAUCAUGUUUUUCCUCUUCUGGACACCCUACCACAUUAUGAUUUUCUUAGAGACACUCAGUCUCUACAACUUCUUUCCCAAAUGUGACACGAAGCGGGAUCUGAAAUUGGCGCUCAAUGUGACUGAGACAAUUGCAUUUAUCCACUGUUGUCUCAAUCCCCUUAUCUAUGCAUUCGCUGGAGAGAAAUUCAGAAGAUACCUUUACCACCUGUAUAGGAAAUUCCUGGCUGUCCUAUGUUGCAGAUCCGUCCAUGUAGGUUUCUCCUCUUCUGAAUCACAAAGGAGCAGGAGGGAAAGUGUUCUGAGCAGCAACUUGACUCACUACACCAGUGAUGGAGAUGCGUCCAUGAAUCUCUGAAGAGAUCCCCAAAGCCUUGUCCUUCCAGAGAGCUUGGAGCUCCUGACUCUGACACUGAAAAAUGAGGACAAAAUUUUUUGUUGUUUCUUACGUGCAAGAAAUGAUGGCCCCAGUGGCUACCCCCCCCCCUUCCAAAACCCCUAAGGUGUUUUUGAGAAUUGUCCUUAAAACUUGAAUGAUUGAGGAUAGGCAUGUCUCCUACUGCAAAAGUCAGAACUUUUUUGUUUACAAAUGACAAAAAUUUGACUCAAACUAGCUUAGGUAAAAAGGAGGUGGUAAGUAUUGUUCACACUGUGGCACUGACAAGGGGGUGACUGAGCCCUCAGAGUGCACGGGACAGGGGUUUGAAUCAAGCCAGAAUUUCCUCUCUCUGAUUCUCAAAUCUUUGAGUGGUAACUGAGCUCCCAGACUCACAUAGCACAGCUUUGUCAUCAGAAAGGGACUGAGCCCAUUCCUCCCUUUUUGGUCUCAAGGUCAAAAUUCCUAGGGAAGGGCUCUGAUUGGCCAAGUUUGUAUCAGAUGCCUAUCCUUACAUCAGUUGCUGGUAUUCGUGGAGUAGAUAAUAUGGCAGUUUCCCAUCCAAUCUUAUGGCUAGCGAUUCAUGGAGAUGUAUUUCCAAGAAGCUGGAGAGGUAGGUGCUGUUUUGAUCAGACAGAACAAGAGCUGCCCACCAACUUUACCAUGUGUCUAACCUAGCCUCUCCUCCAAUCACACCAACCAAUACACAUUACUAGCCUCCUCUUCAAUAAAACCCUUCUCUCAUGUCCCCAAACCUACAAAGGUUCCCCAUUGCCAACUGCUUCAAGUCCAAACUCAAAUACUUGGCCUCUGAAACCCUCCAAGAGAUUCCUUAUUGCCUUCCCUUUUCAAAGGACUCCACCCACCCUGUCAUGUAGAUUUCUUCUAUCUGGCUUCAUGUAUCUCCACCUGCUUCUGGGCCCAAGGGGAAUAGAAAGAACCCUGGCCCAAACUGAAAAGGGUUUUCGAUCCCAACGCUCUAUCACUUGCCCAUUGGGUGGCCUAGGACAACUGAGCUUCAGUUUCCUCAUCUGUACAAUGGAGAUAAUGGCACUUUUCACAUUGGUAGCAUUGUUUCCAGUAUGAAGAACCAGUCACCAACUGUUGCAGGUCCCAACACUCGUCUGGUUCCCAGACUACAACUUGCUCCCCACCUGGCACCGUGUUUAAGUGAUGGUGUUGGCAGAGCCUGGAGGAGCCUGCAGGUCCGAUGCAUGCUCUAGCCCAGACACAGAGAAGGCUGGUUCCUAGAGUGACAUUCUGUGGAUGCUCUUGGAUGUACGGAUCAAUAACCUGCCCUGACCCAGCCCUCCAGACUGCCUUGAAGAUUCCCUCCCAAUCAUCUUGUGGCAAACUCCUGCCCACCUGGAGAUAACCCCAUCAUUCAUGCCACUGCCAACCUGGAGAGCCAGGGUCACAGGAGUGGCUUUCUUUAUCAGUUAACAUUUGGGAUGAUCUAAAACUUUAAAGCUUGAAAAACAGCUAUAAUGAUGCUAAAGAAAAUGUCAUCUGUAAUCCGACCAUGCAGUAUUGUCAUUUGCCCGUCCAGAUCUUGUUCAUAUCCUCGUCGCAAUCACAAUGUACAGACAGUUUUGUAAUCUGCAUUUCUUCUCUUAACAUGAGCUCACAUAUUGCUCUCUGUUCCUCUAUAGUUUUGUGAUGAUCAUUUUAGAAGACUGCCAGAAUGUGCCCUCAUUAAAGGCACCUGACUCGUUGCUGUAUUUCUGGUACCUCCUUGGUAGUCAUUAUGUUUGUUUAACCAAUAAGAGGAUGAAUCAUGUCCCGUCAAGAUCCUGUACCAUAAUUUACUCCCCAUUGCUUUGUUGAUAAACAUUUCACUUAUUUCCAAUAUUUACCAAAUACAAACAUGUGUAAUUUCCUUUCUCCUCUUCAAUUAUUUCCUUUGGAUAAAUUCCACACCAUGGGGGAUAACUGGGUCAAAGGGCAUGGGAAUUUUUAGCUACUGACACAUAACAUAUGAAAGAACAUCACCAAACCUUUAUUAAGCAUAUUUUCUAUGCAAUAUGUGAGCUCAGAUCCAGAGUUGUUCCAAAGAUGCAUGAGGCCCAGCUUCUGUCCUCAAUGCUUAAGCAGUGCUUAACAUUGAAGUGCAGAACAGAACUGAACAAAUUAUAAUUUGCAUUAAUUGGUAACACAAGGGCAAGGACUUGUGACUGACUGUGUAAGGGUAAGGGGUGCUCCAAGCAAAAAGGAAGGGAUGGCAUUCUAAGGCAAGGGAGUGGCAUAUGUAAAGGACAUGAGUGAGAGCAUGGGGCCCUUAAGAGAAAAGGCAUGGGAGCAGAGUGGGUGGUGGGAAACUUCUGGAGAGUUGGCUCAACCAACCAGUAGGGGGGACUGUUCUUAGGUGUUCAAAGUUGUUCCAUUAUUACAUGAUCCUCAUUCCAGCUGUUGAAUCAUGAAACUUUUCAUUAAAUUUUAACUUAUAUUAUGUAUUUGAAAGUUACUAAGAGAAUAGAUUUUAAGUUAUCACCCCCCCCAAAAAAAAGUUAUAACUAUGUGAAGUGAUGGAUGUGUUAACUAUCCUUAUUGUGGUGAUCAUUUUGCAAUACAUACAUAUAUAAAAUCACUACAUUGUACUUAAACUUA